UCCAGCUGUCCCUCAGUCGGUCAGGAUUCCAGAGCCAAGGGAGAUUCACCGGAAAGGGUUUUAGUGAUAAAACAGCAAAUUUUGGGAGAAGAGACCACAUUGUGUGGUCACAUAAGCACCCAUCUGCCUAAUUUAUUCAGCAUUCAACCAUGGAAAGUGAACUAUGAGGUGUUGUGUAGCUGCAGAAGACUGAGCGAACCAUGGCACAGUUCCCAACCACGUUCACAGGUCCAGAUGUGUUUCUGAUCUCUGUGGACGAGAGAGCCAAACAUGACCAGCAGUUUCACAGCCUCUCUCCGACUGCUGGGGGUUUCAUCACAGGUGACCAGGCCAGGAACUUCUUUCUCCAAUCAGGGCUUCCCCCGCCCGUCCUCGCCCAAAUAUGGGCUCUGGCUGACAUGAACAGCGAUGGCCGAAUGGAUAUCCACGAGUUCUCAAUCGCAAUGAAGCUCAUCAAGCUGAAACUACAGGGUCACCCUCUGCCUCCAUCGCUUCCUCCCAGUAUGAAACAACCCCCGCUACCUUUACCCCCACAGACUGGUUUUGGCAUGCCUCCCAUGGCACCCAUCGCUACUCCUCUGCCCGGCGUGCCCCCGCUCCCCUUGCCUCCUCUUCCCGUCGGGGUUUCGCCCCCACUCGUCUCGUCUGCGCCGCCACCCCUCCCACAGCCCAUUGCCAACGGAGCUCCUCCCACGGGCAUAAUACAGCCCAUCUCAGGCUUCUCCCACCCAGCUCCCUCUUCGUUUAAUCGGGCCAGUACCAAGCUGCAGAAGGGCUCGUCCUUUGAUGCUGCUGGUGCUCAGCCCCCUGCUGACUGGGCAGUUCCUCAGUCCUCCAGGCUGAAGUACAGACAGCUUUUUAACUCCCAUGACAAGAUGAUGAGUGGACACCUCACUGGUCCCCAGGCUCGCACAAUCCUGAUGCAGUCCAGUCUUCCUCAGACCCAGCUUGCCACGAUAUGGAGUCUUUCAGAUAUUGACCAGGAUGGAAAACUGACAGCUGAGGAGUUUAUCUUGGCUAUGCACCUCAUAGAUAUGGCUAUGUCAGGGUUACCGCUGCCCCCUGUGUUACCUCCAGAAUACGUCCCACCAUCAUUCAGGCGUGUGCGCAGCGACAGCGUUCAGUCGGACCAGAAAAGCGUCCAGGAGGAGAUGGAGGAGGAGACGGAGACCAGCCAAGAUAAGAAAUUACCAGUGACAUUUGAGGAUAAGAAGAGGGAAAACUUUGAGCGAGGGAAUCUGGAGUUGGAGAAGAGACGUCAGGCCCUGCAGGAGCAACAGAGGAAAGAGCAGGAGAGGCUGGCUGCCCUGGAGAGGGAGGAGCAGGAGAGAAAGGAGCGUGAGCGUCUGGAGCACGAGAGGAGACGGCAACAGGAACUAGAAAAACAGCUGGAGAAGCAGAGAGAGCUGGAGAGGCAGAGAGAAGAAGAGAGGCGCAAAGAGAUAGAGAGGAGAGAGGCCGCUAAGAGAGAGUUAGAGCGCCAGCGUCAGCUGGAGUGGGAGCGUCAGCGGCGGCAGGAGCUUCUGACUCAGAGAAACCGAGAGCAGGAGAGCAUAGUUCUGCUCAAAGCCAGGAAGAAGACGCUGGAGUUUGAGCUGGAGGCUCUGAAUGACAAGAAGAGCCAGUUGGAGGGUAAACUGAAGGAUGUUCGGUUUCGUCUGUCGAAUCAGAGGAAAGAGGUGGAGCAGACGAACCAGACCCGAGAGACGCGCAUCACUGAAAUCACGCUUUUGCAACAACAGCUGCAGGACUCCCAGCAGUGGUUGGGGAGGCUCAUUCCUGAUAAGCAGAGUCUGAACGAGCAGCUGAAACAGGUUCAGCAGAACAGUCUGCACCGUGAUAGUCUUUCGUCCCUGCAGAAGGCUGUCGAGCAGAAAGAGAUGAGCAGACAGCAGCUCAGAGAGCAGCUUGAUGCUGUGGAGAAAGAGACGAGGGCCAAACUGCUAGAAAUAGACGCUUUCAACACUCAGCUGAAGUCUCUGUGUGAGUUCUAUGCCAACCACUGUGCCAGGAUAGAUGCCCUGCGACGCCAGCUUCAGGAGGAACAGAGAGGGAGACAGGAGCUGAGGGAGAUCCACACCCGGCAGCAGAGACAGAAACAGAAGGAACUGGAGGGAGACACACACACACAGACACACACACAGUCUCACAUACACACCCCGAGCGAGAGGAAGUCCGCUGAGCUGCAGGAGGGCAGGUUGUCGUCAGAGGAAGGUGCCGCCUGGAAGGAGGAAGCAGGAGGCUCUGCUCCACAAGCUCCAAGCCCCGCCUCCGUUCCUGCAUCACACGCAUGGCUAAACAGAGUGACGCAGGAAGAGGAGGAGAGGAAAAGGAGAGGGAUGGAGGAGGAGCAAGAGGUCAGGAAGGGAGCAGGAUCGACAGAAGAGAAGGAGGAUGAGGGAAGAGGCAAGAAGGAAAUGCAGGACAAACUAAACAAGCUUUUCAGCCAGCCGGCUGACCCCUGGGCGUCAGCAGUCACAGUGGAAAAAGCUCCCGGUCCCAGUUUAUUUGACCAGAAGGCUUCAGCCAGCGCCUUCGACCAGCAGCAGCAGCAGCCGGUGAAGGUGGUGUACUACAGGGCUCUGUAUCCGUUCGACGCUCGUAGCCAUGAUGAGAUCAGUAUCACUCCCGGAGAUGUUAUUAUGGUGAAGGGGGAAUGGGUCGAUGAGUCGCAAACAGGUGAGCCCGGUUGGCUGGGGGGUGAGCUCAGAGGACGGACCGGUUGGUUUCCUGCCAAUUAUGCAGAGCGUAUACCUGACAGUGAAGCGCCAAUCACGCUGCGCUCCACAGUCUCAGCCACAACCUCCUCAACCCAGCAGCCGAUGACUACGCCCCCUCCCGCCCCAGGACACACCGCCUCCUCCACCACGUCCUCUUCUAACAGCAACUGGGCGGACUUCAGCACAACCUGGCCCUCAAACACAACCAGCCAAUCAGACAGCGAGGGCUGGGACGCGUGGCCCACCUCUUCGGCCAGUCAAAAUCCAUCUCUGAGCGUUCCCUCGGCACAGCUGCGGCAACGCUCUGCCUUCACUCCCGCCACCAUGACGACGGGUUCCUCUCCGUCUCCCGUACUGGGACAGGGAGAGAAGGUCGAGGGUCUUCAGGCUCAGGCCUUGUAUCCCUGGAGAGCCAAGAAGGAGAACCACCUAAACUUCAACAAAAACGAGAUAAUAACAGUGUUGGAGCAGCAGGACAUGUGGUGGUUGGGUGAACUGCAGACCGGACAAAGAGGCUGGUUCCCCAAAAGUUACGUGAAGCUCAUCUCCGCCACCAUGACGGCUCCCCCUGGUGUUCCAGCAACAGCAGCACGCAGCAAAAACACUAAUGAAACAGGAGCAUCGGAAAGCCCGCCCAAUGGAAAACGCCCCUCCCCCUCCCCAACAAAGCCUUCAGAGUCGGGUGAAGAAUACGUGGCCAUGUACACCUACGAGAGCAAUGAACAGGGGGACCUGAGUUUCCAGCAAGGGGACAUCGUCGUGGUGACGAGGAAAGAAGGCGAUUGGUGGACGGGGAUGGUCGGAGGAAAGACUGGAGUCUUUCCAUCCAACUACGUCAAACCACGGGACUCCACAUCAGAGUCACUGGGAACAGCAGGGAAGACGGGAAGCCUUGGGAAGAAACCAGAGAUCGCUCAGGUGAUCGCCCCCUACAAUGCUACAGGAGCAGAGCAGCUGACUUUAGCCCCAGGACAGCUCAUCCUCAUCAGGAAGAAGAACCCAGGGGGCUGGUGGGAGGGCGAGCUCCAGGCUCGAGGGAAAAAGCGCCAGAUUGGUUGGUUUCCAGCCAAUUAUGUGAAGUUGCUGAGUCCCAGCACCAGCAAGACGACGCCCACAGAGCCCACACCUCCUAAACUGGCCCCUGCCAGCACAGCUCUGUGUCAGGUGAUCGGCAUGUACGACUACGUGGCGCAGAACGACGACGAGCUGGCCUUCCAGAAGGGUCAGGUGAUCACAGUGCUCAACAAAGACGACUGUGAUUGGUGGAAAGGAGAGCUCAAUGGGAGAGAGGGUCUGUUUCCUAGCAACUACGUCAAACUCACCACAGAUACUGACCCAAGCACGCAGUGGUGCGCUGACCUGCAUCUGCUGGACAUGCUGAGCCCCAUGGAGAGGAAGAGGCAGGGGUACAUCCACGAGCUGAUCGUCACCGAGGAGAACUACGUCAACGACCUGCAGCUCGUCACGGAGAUUUUCCACAAACCUCUGCUGGAGUGCGAGCUGCUGACAGAGAAGGAGGUCGCCAUGAUCUUCGUGAACUGGAAGGAGCUCAUCAUGUGCAACAUCAAACUGCUGAAGGCUCUGAGAGUGAGGAAGAAGAUGUCGGGCGAUCGGAUGCCUGUGAAGAUGAUUGGUGACAUCCUGACCAACCAGCUUCCUCACAUGCAGCCGUACAUCAGGUUUUGUUCGUGUCAGCUGAACGGAGCCACGCUCAUCCAACAGAAAACCGACGACAACCCCGAGAUCAAAGACUUCCUCAAGAGGUUAGCCAUGGAUCCCCGGUGUAAGGGAAUGCCUCUGUCCAGCUUCCUGCUCAAACCUAUGCAGAGAGUCACGCGCUACCCUCUCAUUAUCAAAAACAUUUUAGAAAAUACUCCAGAGUCUCAUCCAGAUCACAGCCACCUGAAAGCAGCUCUGGAGAAAGCAGAGGAGCUGUGCUCGCAGGUGAACGAGGGCGUCAGGGAGAAGGAGAACUCGGAUCGCUUGGAGUGGAUUCAGGCUCACGUUCAGUGUGAGGGCCUGUCAGAGCAACUGGUGUUUAACUCAGUCACCAACUGUCUGGGUCCCAGGAAGUUCCUCCACAGCGGGAAGCUGUUCAAAGCCAAAAGCAGCAAAGAGCUCUACGGCUUCCUGUUCAACGACUUCCUGCUGCUCACACAGGUGACCAAACCUCUGGGCUCGUCAGGCUCGGACAAAGUCUUCUCUGCAAAGACGCACCUGCAGUACCGCAUGUACAAGACGCCAAUCUUCCUAAAUGAGGUGUUGGUGAAGCUGCCGACAGACCCGUCGGGAGACGAGCCUCUGUUCCACAUCUCCCACAUAGACCGAGUUUACACGCUGCGAGCCGAGAGCAUCAACGAAAGGACGGCGUGGGUUCAGAAAAUCAAGGCAGCUUCAGAGCUGUUCAUAGAGACGGAGAAGAAGAAGCGGGAGAAAGCAUAUCUAGUACGUUCCCAGAGGGCUACAGGUAUCGGGAGACUGAUGGUCAACAUUGUGGAGGGAAUUGAGCUCAAACCCUGUCGCUCCCACGGAAAAAGCAACCCGUACUGCGAGGUGACCAUGGGCUCCCAGUGCCAUAUCACAAAAACAUUACAGGACACUUUGAAUCCAAAGUGGAAUUCCAACUGUCAGUUUUUUAUUAAGGACCUGGAACAGGACGUCCUCUGUAUCACUGUGUUUGAACGAGACCAGUUCUCGCCUGAUGAUUUCUUGGGCAGGACAGAAAUCCGGUUAGCGGAAAUAAAGAAGGACCAGGGCUCUAAAGGACCAAUCACAAAGAGGCUGCUGCUCCACGAGGUUCCUACGGGAGAGAUCGUCGUUAGGCUCGACCUUCAGCUGUUUGAAGAACCGUGAAACCUGGACGGGGCCACGGCGGACUGGACUGGCCCAAAAAGAACCUGUAGGAGAUGAUGGUUUGGACUGGACAGCUUAGAUGGAUUAGACUGGACUGGACAACUGGACUGGUCUCAAAUCUUUAUUUCUCCGCGUGUACGUCUGAGAGAAAGGAUCAGUUAGCUAAGGGUACAAUGAUGCCAUUACUAAACAUCUUCAAGUUUAAAACAAAAAGGAAUAACUUCAUGAAUUACCAGCUGGAGAAAGGACCUUCACAUACACACAAAAGCCAAAGUGGCUGAAAAUGUGUGUAACUCCAUUUCAGCUCCUAAACAUUAAAGAUAAGCAGCAGUUAGGGUCACCAUGGCAAUCCUGAGCACGCCUCUUGAAAAACACAUCACCGCCUCCAGUCUGUGCCUCCUAUCGACCUGCUUACACACCAUGGCUGCGGCAAGAAGACUCCACAGCGUUUCUGUUUCUGUCAGAACAUCUUGAUCAGAUUUCCAUUCGAUUCUGUGCAGCAGGCGGAGCUCCUGUGAGUCUGAGGCCUCCAUAGUCAAAAGAUAGAGCAGACACAUGAUCCCAUGUUCUGCUUAUAGUCUGGAUCAGCUCUAGUGGGCUUGGUGUUAGAUUACAGAGAGGGUUUUUAGAAGAACUUCCCCCCUCAGUCGAGAUGAACAUUACGCCCAUUCAUCUGACUGAGAUUGCAUUAAUAUAUGUGAAUAAUACAAAUAUUAAUGCAUUUUUAGCCACUAAUAAUAAUAUACAGUAUGCUGGGAUUUUUGCUUUGCAGCAAUCACACCAAAUAUGUGACACACUGAUAUAAAAAUAGAGAUGAAGUGGACUGGGAUCAUAAAAAGUUGGUAUGAGAUUCUUAUCAUUUCUGGCUUAUUCAUUUCAGUGGAGAGGGUAAAUAAAGAGCUCAACAUCCAAAUGAGAUUUAUAGAUUUUAUUCAUCUAAAUCUAAAUUUGUGUGGAGUUUUUAAAUGUCACAUACACGUUCACGUCUUAAAUCUGGUGUGCUGGUGCUUCCGUGGUUAGAGAUUGGACCGUUUCAGCAGGUCUGUCCUGUGAUCUGACAUUUCAAGAAGCAGCUCGACGGGUUUUCUAAUCUGCAAAUGGUUCUCAGUCAUGUUGGUACCACUGAGAAGUGAAAAUCCGAGACCUGGUCCAGUCCAGUCCAGUCUGCUUGUGCCCCCUCCCUCCUUCAGGACCGGUCCACGUCAGUAUUUAGUCGAGUCUUGGAGAAGAUCAGUCAGGUCUUUACUGUCUCCUCUCCCUCUGCUUCAUCCAGACAGUCUCACAAACACUCCAGCGACAAUCCCAGCCCUCCUUCUUUGUCCAACCAAACCCAGACCUUUAUGUGAGAGAGUGUGUUUGUGUGUCUGUGAGAGUGUGUGCGUGUGUGUGAGGCAGACGGCCGAUGCGAAUGACGGUACGAGUGUAAAGGUGGACAGGCUAACUAAAAGCACGGUUCAGUCUCCAUGCAUUUUUACACAGUCUCUCAGAGUCUUAUGAUCAACUCUUUGGGCUUCGGCUCAUGUGAGGGGACAUUUUUUAUAAUUUCGCUCAGUUUGGACGCUCACUGAACGCUCGCCACGUUAUCUCAGAAAGUGCUAAAUAUGUACAGGUUAAAUGAGAAAUCCUAACGAUGCAAAAUAAGCUGAAGAUAUAGAGACCCUGAUAUAUGACUGGUGUAAAUACAUUACAGACAAGAUGUCCCCUUCACAUGCGUCUGCGGUAAUAAUGCUGAUAAUAAGACAGGGAACAGGCGUGAAAGCUGAUUUAAACUGAGGUACUGUAACGAAGAAUGUCUUAACUGUUCAGGGUGUUUUUGUUUUUAUGUAUAUGUGGGGGGGUCGCAGAUUUAGACGAUUUCUGUCACACAUCUGAACUCUGACGUUAUGUUGCUGCUGUGUUGAGCUGUCACAGUGGCCGUCACUAUGCAGGGAGGGUAAACCCUGAGGGAUUUCGAGGGCCCGCCGCUGGACUGGGGCCCUCGAGCAGGCUCCGUAGGGCACAGAUGUAUUUUAUAGGAAUAGCAUUUUGACCAUUUUCACAGUUUAACCCUAUGAAAAGCUCAGAGUAGAAACAACGGUACUGUGCGUCGGCACUCCCAGCACUUUGAAAAGCAGAUUUUGGAGCAGAGCAGGACACGAAUCUCCUGAAUUUCACCCAGCAGCUGUUUUGGGUAAUCAGAGCAGGAAGUCUAAUAAAAAGAGGCACUCAAACAAUGUGUUUUUAUUAAAGUCUUAUCAUUUUAAAGACAUUUUAAUGAAGAUAAGCAAACUGUACUUGAGCCCAAAGGUGGAUCCCAGCAAAUAAAAGAAAGUCAGGAGUGAAUUUCAGAUGCAGUCGUUGGAUUUUCUUCUUAAAUGAAGAGAAUGUAAAAAGAAAAGAGUGAUCUGCACUGACUGCUACCAUUUUUGUUCAGCAUAACAACUUUAUAUUUAAAGUAAUGGCAAUAACUGUGAAGCUGUAAUUUGUGGACUGAACUUAUUGUCCAAACUAUACCUUCUUUCACAAACUGUCCCAAUGUUUCAAUUUCAAGCACACUUUGAAAAUGAAUACUUCUCUGAUCUUCCUCCUAAAGUUUCCUCGAGCUGAUUAUUCAAAACGGCGGCUGCGUUCGCCGACAAGGCCGGAAACAUCGCCUAGCUAGGUUGCUUAGUAAGAUUGUAGAUAAGUUAGUUAGCGAGCCACUCGGCCGGUUAGUAAAUCUAGUUAGGUGUUUUAAUUUAGUGCCAAGUUACAGUAAUGUUCUAAAUUACCACGAAGACAACAGUUACCUUAGUGACCAGCCACUGUCCAAUCAGAAGUCGGCGAGGCUCGGCCAGCUUCAGCAGCUUGACUAUGGAGGAAGGUGUGAACGAAUGUUUGUGUUUCCCCAGACUGAAGCUGAUGAUGAUGAUGAUGAUGAAUGAUGAUAAAGCUGUCUUACACCCCUCUGUACUGUCCUGCUCAGUACCCCUCUCGCCGCCUCCUCUCCUCACUGUACUGAAACUAACCCAAUCCAGUUUGAACCUAACUGUCUACCUUCCAGGUUGUGUAUAAUACUGCUGUUAUCUGAGAGUUAAUAUAUGAGCGAUAAAGGCAGCCUGCUGUUAAUUAUCACUGUAGAAGAUGAUGUACGUUGUUGUCUUUCGGUGUUCAGAAUAAACUUCAGUUGGACCAAGAA